AUGGCUACCACCUCCAUUGGUGGACUCAAGAGAAAAUCUCCAUCAGAUGACGCUUGCACUGAUGUGGACUUAUCAAUCAGUUUUCAGGAUGGGAACAAGCUGUUCUUCAAGGUGAAGCAGGAUUUGGAAUUUGUGAAAGUAUUCAGAGAUUUCUGUGAUAGAAAGAAAUUGGAAUACGAUACCUUGAAGUUCAUACAUGAUGGUACUAGAAUUAAGGGUCGUCAAACACCCAAAAUGCUGAAUUUGGAAAAUGGUGCUGAAAUCUUUGCCAUGAGAGACCAAGUUGGAGGUGGUGUUGCUGCACUUGAUGGGAUCAUUUGUGAUGAAUUGUUAUGA